AUGCCGAAGAAGAAAGUCACCAAAGUAAAGAGGGCGAAAGCCGGGAAAGGAAAGAAAGACGGCAAACAGGAGUCAAAGGCGGACAAAGAGUCGGACAUCGAGAAGGCCAAAGCCGCCGCUGCCCUGUGGGAGCUGAGGCUACAGGUCACGGACCAGUCGCUCGCAGAGUAUCGUGAGGCUUGCCGCAAGUUGGCACGCGCUAACGAAGAGCUCACCCACCAGCUGUGCCGCGCGGAGAGGGACAGGAUCGAUAUAACAAGCUUUCUGAUGAGACAAGACGCAGCCAAAAAGGAGAAGAUCAAUAUGCUGGAGGAAAGCCUCAGAAGUCAAGACGCACUUGCACGUGAAGAGCAAAACAAACUGGUUGAAGAUUACACACUUCAAAUCAGUGAGAUGCAGGAGCUGUUCAGAAAGAAGUCCAGCGACUUUAACAUGAUCCAGGAUGGAAUGAAGAAAAUUAAGGAGUUUCAGAAGAGGAAAGCCUUGAUGGAGCAGGAGCUCAGUGAUAUUAGAGAAAGCAUGGACGUUGCUGAGAAGGAGCACAGGGAAAACCAAAACAAAACAGAGUUGAGAUUCUUCGAAGAAAAGGCUCGCCUGGAGAGGGAAGCUGAGCGAAGGAUAGCCCUGGUAGAGGAGAGGGCCCACAGUGAAGCCAUUCAGCAGCUGGACGACGCCUCGCGCUCCGUGUUCAAGGAGAACGUCCGUCUCAAUGAAGCGCUGAAAUAUCACAUGAAGGAGGCAGAGGAGCUGCAGAAAUUGACAAACUCGCUUGCGAAGGAAAACGCCUCCCUGGCGUUGGACAAGAACACGUAUGAACUCUUGAUAAAGAAGAAUGCAGCUCAGAUGGAGGCCCAAAAAGGGGAGCUAUCUAAACUGAGGGCCAAGGUGGCUUCCCUGGAGCAGGCCCUGGACCUAAAAGCUGAGGAAGCUGAGCGAGAGAAGGAGAAGGAGAAGGAGAGGAAGAAGACGACCCGAGUCAGCAUUCAGGCCAGCCAGGUAGAGCUGGAGAAGCUGCAGAAAGUGCUUACCAUGCGGGAGAAGGAGCUGGGGCACAUCAAGCGCCUAGCGAGCACCAUUGUAGAGCAGCGCACAGAGCUGGAGCAGUUCUUCCAUGAGGCACUGGCUCAGGUGAAGCAGGAGAUUGUGGCCAGCAGGCUGCAAUACAAAAAGGAGGCACUACAGGCUUAUCGCUGGAGGCUGAGAGAAGCAACAGCAGGAAAGCUCAAGUUCCCACCCAUCCGCACUUUUCAUGAAAGCCCCCACAGUACCAACUCUGUCCAUUCAGACAUGGCAGCGGCUGCAAGGUGGACUCAUCAACCAGGCAGCAAAGUUGAAAUCUCAGAUCUCACUUGGGAGCAGAGGGAACAAGUGCUCCGGCUUCUCUUUGCUAAAAUGAACCGGCAGAGUGAAAGGAAAGCCAGCCAACAUCUGGCAUUGUCCGCCUCCUCUGAGAAGAAGGGCCUUAUUGACAGUGAUGCUGCCGGUGUUGCAUAA